UCCAAUACUCAAGCCUAGCUCCCAUCACCCCUCUCCCCCACCAGAUCACUAUAGUGCUCUCCUAUCACUCCUCUUCCCCACCAGACCACCACUAUAACACUCCCACACCACCAAGAACCGUUCUAUCUCCCCCUCCCUCACUACCAGACUACCAAGAACCCAUCCAUCUCCCCACCACCAAGAGCCCUCCCAUCAUCCCCUUCCCCCACUACCCCAGUGUUUACAAGUUAUCUCACACAGGCUGGGCACCCACACUCAAGAGUACGCUGCUGCUACAGCUUCCGUGUUUGUGUAUGCUGGCACCAGAGCUUGUAGCAACGAGAGGGAGGUACGUGAUUCUGCGUGCUGCGAGGCCCUCCCAUCCCACGUACACCAGUCCUGAGACCUCUUUAUCUCUGUGGAGAAACACGUCAUUAGCGGGAGUGGUUCCGGGCAUGCGCCCUUGAGGUGGGUGGAGAGGCUGUUAUCCUGCUCUUCCUCCAGGACUCUUAUUUGGUUCGUCCUACUUCAUAUCAUGGCGCCUAAGAGGAUCGGGAUUGUCGGCUAUGGACAUUUGGGCCAGUACCUGACCCAAGCUGCCCUCCAGCGAGAUGACCUUGACUUGGCAUUUGUAUGGAAUCGCACCUCAACUGCCCUGGAAUCUCACCUAGAGAACAGGUACAUAUGUCGAGACUUGGACGAGUGUGGAGAGUACUCACCAGACCUGAUCGUUGAGGUGGCCCAUCCAGUCAUCACUGAGAAGUAUGGGGCACAGUUCCUUAGUGUGGCUGACUACAUGGUUGGGUCCCCUACUGCCCUGGCAUCACAGACGGUGGAAGAGGCUCUACGGGUGGCAGCCACGUCACAUGGACUCUAUGUGCCAGCAGGAGCACUAUGGGGUGCUGAAGACAUACUCAAGAUGGCUGAUCGGGGAACACUCAAGGCCUUGAAAGUUACAAUGACAAAGCAUCCAAGCUCUUUUAAACUUAAAGGAGAUUUAGAAGUAAAAAAUGCACAAGUAUGUGGUAAUGAGUCAGUAAUUCUGUAUGAUGGGCCAGUACGUGGGCUCUGUCCACUUGCACCCAACAAUGUGAACACCAUGGCUGCAGCAGCAAUAGCUGCACAUAACCUUGGCUUUGAUGGUGUACAAGGCUCUCUCAUCUCUAACCCACUGUUAACAGACUGGCACAUAGUGGAAGUUGAAGUAACAGGCCCCGAGAUUGCAGGGAAAAACUUCAGUGUGAAAACCACUCGCAAUAAUCCUGCUGACCCAGGAGCUGUGACCGGCACUGCCACAUAUGCCUCUUUUCUCUCCUCUAUGGUUCGGGCUGGAGGUCGUGGUGCAGGGGUUCAUUUAUGCUAGUUACAUAGUUUGAGUAUAACUUGAGGACCAACAAUUCAUUCACAUUACCAAUCUCUGGGAAUGUGGUAUGAAUAGUGUACGCUUUAAGAUUUUUAAUUUACUUCGCUUUAAGUACAGACAUUGUUGUUCAGUACUGUUCUAUACUACGUAAGCAAUAGUUUAUAUUGGAAUGACUUUUCAUAAGCAAAAAGGACAAAAUAUAUGUGCAAUACUGAACUAAAUUUAAUUAUUUUUUAGUACUAAACCGAAUUGAAUCUUUCUGUAUCAGAUACAGUACUGUAUGGAAAGUAAUAACUGACAAAUUCAUUGCAUCUGUAUACAUGGCACUUAUUAAAACUUCACUAAAUGCUAAGGUAGACUAAUAAAAAUUAUGUUUGUAUGAAUAAACUUUAUAUAAAUUAU